AUGAGUAAAGAAAAGGCAUUAUGGACUACCGAAGAGACCGAAUUGUUCAUUAAAUUAGCUCUCCAGCAAGUUAGGAAAAAUGAGCGUAAAGGCUCUACCUUAUCAAAGAAAGGUCGGGAGGCACUAAUGCAACAGUUUAAUGGUUUGAGCUCUAGAAGCUAUGAUAAGAAGCAGUUGAAGAAUAAAUGGGACAAUUUGAGGAAAGAUUGGAAUAUAUGGGACAAGCUGUUAAACAAAGAGACUGGUUUGGGAUGGGAUAGUGAAAAGAAUACUGUUUCAGCACCGGAGGAGUGGUGGAAUCAAAAGAUUAAGAGAGGUAAAAGUAGUCAAAACAAGAAGGAAAAAUGUCUUGCAACGGUGAUGGUUGAUUCAGUGAGUCAAUUGGUGUCCACACAAGAGGAUAGGGUUUCAACAGUGAAGUCAAUUCUUAAUUCCAUAGAGGGUGGAACAAAACCAGUUGACCAAAAUGUGUUGGAUGUUGCAAAAGAACUUUAUGGAAUCGAGGAGAUUGCUUGUGAUGAGGCGCUUCUUAGACAGUGUAUUGUGGCCUUACUAGAUAAGACUGUAAGGGACAUGUAUAUUGGGCAUAGGGAUAACGGAAGAGUAUUAGUGACCUUUUGA